CUCAAAUAAAGGAAGAAGUAAAAGAAGAAGAAAUUAAAACCUAACCUUAACCUAACAAACUAAACAACCAAAAUAAACAUUUGUAAAGAGCAGAGGCACGUGAAAAAUAAUUGCUCUUUUGAUAAUUAAAGCAAAGAAGAAAAUAUAAAAGCCGAAAUGGUUGUUUCUAUAAUCUACAUAUAUAGAUUUACAAUGCAGGAACAACUUGUAAUCGACUUUGCUAUCGGAAUGCCUAAACCUCAAGCCGUAAUAGCUGUACAAGUUUAUCUAGAGCUUAUUGAACUGAAGAAAUAUUACAGUGUUGAAUACAAGAAGUACGAAAGUAUUGGCAAAAUCAUAAUAACCGGUAAAAAGAAAAAGGAUGCACCUAUGUGCGCCUUUAUUCCUAUCACAAUCAGUGAAUAUUUAGAUUUUUCCCUUCUGCAAACAUAUAUCAGAGCUCAUAAUUGCCCUUUGACUUGUCUUGCUUUAGUAGGCACCGAUUCUACGACGGUGUAUUAUCAAAUAGAAGAGGGAUUAGUGGAACCAGAUGGUAAUUUAGCAAAGAAUCAUAAGCUAGACAAGCAGCUGCAAUUGGAUCGGGAAUUAGAGAAACACAGAGAAAUUAUAGAAGAUGCUGCAUUGAUGGAAAUAAAAGCCAAUAUCCCUGCAAAGGCUACAACAUCCUCAGACAUAAUUAUGUCCGACAGUUCACAACAAGAAUGCAGUCAUUCCAUGAAUAUUUUACCAGGAUGUUCAGGAGUUUUUAUGAAUCCUUAGAACAAGUAAAAGUUAAAGGUUGAUUAAUAUAUAUUUUAUAGAUCUACUUGUUAUUCAUUGAAGAUACAAAUUAUAAAUCGGUGAAAUAUAUGAAUCUGUAGUAUUUUAGUUAAUAUUAUGGUAAAAUGUUCAUUAUACAGGGUGUCCCAAUGAAAAGUAGCCCAUUUCCAGAGCUUAUAACUUUUAAACAAAUCAUAGAAACAUGCGGUUUUUGCUGUGUUAUUUUGCUUUAGUGACACAGAAAUUAUGUAAUACCUAUACAGGGUGUUUUCUAAAAAUCUCCUCUUUUAAAUUCACCGUAACCAAAUUUUAACAAACUGAAACGGGCUACAUUUCAUUGGGACACCCUGUAUUUUGUAGAUCUGCAUAAUAUUGUACUUUCUAUUUUAUUGUGUUUAACUGGACAACAUUAUCAAAUAAAAGGAAAUUAGGUAUACAGUAAAAUACUUUUUAAAUAUUACAGAUUGCCAUUUUUAUUAGUCUUAACAGUUUUCUGUAGUAUUAUGACUGAUUACUUUUAAGUUACCAUAAAGGCCUAUUAUAAUAGUAAUAUAAUAAUUACAUAUUGUUAAACUUAGUAUUAAGGUGAAGCAAUUCAUUUAAAUAAAUAAAAGACUUUUUAGACAUAAAUAUUUUAUUCAUUUUUUUAACCUACUAUCUAAAUAUUUACAUUUAUCACAAAUAGAUUGUACCAUUUUAAGUUGAAAUGAUAAAGUCAUAAUAAAAUUGAUAAAAUUAACAAUAAAAACAAUGAUAAAAUCGAAAACAAUGUAAAUAAAUAAGUAGUUAAAAUUUUAUAAACUAAUCUUUGGAGAUUUCAAUUCUUUUUACCAUUAACUUUGCUAAGUUUGUUCCUAGAAAGGUUAUCGAAAAAUAGUAAUCCAGCUGCCCUUUCUAUACUAUCGGGUGGUACCUAAAAGAUAAAUAAUAAUACAAUAUUAAUUGGUUGAUUUUAUUUUGUAAAAUAUAUGUUUUACCUGGAAACUAGUUAAUGGUACAUUCUCAUCAAUUACUUUAUUGGGCAUUACAUAAGCUUCCAUUUCCAAUUUGCCAUUAGAAGAUUCUCCCACCACUAUUUUAAAAAAAUGAGUCGGCACGGCGACAUGAUUUGCACCUAUAACUUCAUAUUUCACGUAAAAUUUUCCAUCAUUUUCUUUACUAAAAAAACACCCAAUUUCAUUUAAAUUAUAAAUCAAUCUAAAAAUGUUCUUUUGAAAUCGAACAUAAAAUUAAAUAAAUACCUUGGUAAGUACAAGGGUCCUGUGCAACAAUAAACAUUUUCAUAAUCUUUCGUCAUUUUCCUAACAUGUUUUUCUAAUUUAUUCCAAGCGUCUCGAUUGAACCCUUUACCUACCUGCGGGGCCAUAUUAGAUAGGUAAAAAGUUUCUUCAACAUGUUGUUGGCUGUACUUGUGAUUACCGGCUGCUGCUAAAUGUCCUCUAUCAUAACCAGACUUUUUAUAAUCCGAAUUUUCAGAUCUACAAUACAUUUUUGAUACUCUCUAUGAUGUAAAAUCAAAUUAAAUUUACUGUGAUACUUGAAAUUAUGAUAAUUGUAAUAUAGAUAGGUAACUUAAGUUCAGUUUCAUCAACUAUACCCCUUACCUAUUUAAUAAAAUUUUAAAUGUAUCUUUACUUACCUGAAAUAUUUAUGUAUACUGUCGUCAGGUUUAAAUUCGCACUUAGAUCUAUCAACCGAGCUGUUGUGUUUAACUGAUUCUUUAGUCAAAUGUUCAAAGACCCAGUGUGCAACUCUAUUCCUACGAUCAUAGCUCAAUACAUAAUCAUUGAAAGAUCUGACCUGAUCAAGACUGGGAAAACCGUAUUUCAUUAUUUGUGAUACUCUACUCGUGUGAGUUUUUAUUUCUGGAGCAGUUAUAGAUGGAUCAGUAGGUACAGGAACAGGGGUAUAAGGUGAUGCUGCAGAAACGGUACCGAACAUUGGAAGCCCCGGCAUAUUUUUUAUAUUUAAAUGGUCGUUGUUGCAUAAGUGCCUUUUUCGUUCUGUAUAUAUUCCUGCUAGAAAUCCACAUGUUGCUAAAGAACCGAUAGAAAAGUAUUUUAUUAAUUUUUUGCUAGACAUAUCACAAUCACAAGAUUUGUAU